AUGGAAGACGAAGUUGCCGCCCUCGUUAUCGACAACGGCUCUGGCAUGUGCAAGGCCGGUUUCGCUGGCGACGAUGCUCCCCGUGCUGUCUUCCCCUCGAUUGUCGGACGGCCCCGUCACCAGGGCGUCAUGGUCGGCAUGGGCCAGAAGGACUCGUACGUCGGUGACGAGGCCCAGUCGAAGCGUGGUAUCCUGACCCUCAAGUACCCCAUCGAGCACGGCAUCGUCACCAACUGGGACGACAUGGAGAAGAUCUGGCACCACACCUUCUACAACGAGCUCCGUGUCGCGCCCGAGGAGCACCCGGUCCUCCUCACCGAGGCGCCGCUCAACCCCAAGGUCAACCGCGAGAAGAUGACGCAGAUCAUGUUCGAGACGUUCAACGCCCCGGCCUUCUACGUCGCCAUCCAGGCCGUCCUCUCGCUCUACGCCUCGGGUCGCACCACCGGUAUCGUCCUCGACUCGGGAGACGGCGUCACCCACACUGUCCCCAUCUACGAGGGCUACGCGCUCCCGCACGCCAUCCUCCGUCUCGACCUCGCUGGCCGUGACCUGACCGACUACCUCAUCAAGAUCUUGAUGGAGCGCGGCUACACGUUCACGACCACGGCCGAGCGCGAGAUUGUCCGCGACAUCAAGGAGAAGCUCUGCUACGUCGCGCUCGACUUUGAGCAGGAGAUGCAGACGGCCGCGCAGUCGUCGGCGCUCGAAAAGUCGUACGAGCUCCCCGACGGCCAGGUCAUCACGAUCGGCAACGAGCGGUUCCGCGCGCCCGAGGCCCUCUUCCAGCCGUCGCUCAUCGGCCUCGAGGCCGCCGGCAUCCACGAGACGACGUACAACUCGAUCAUGAAGUGCGAUCUCGACAUCCGCAAGGACCUCUACGGCAACAUUGUCAUGUCGGGCGGCACGACCAUGUACGCCGGCAUCUCGGACCGCAUGCAGAAGGAGAUCACCGCCCUCGCGCCCUCGUCGAUGAAGGUCAAGAUUGUCGCCCCGCCCGAGCGCAAGUACUCGGUCUGGAUCGGCGGUUCCAUCCUCGCCUCGCUCUCGACCUUCCAGCAGAUGUGGAUCUCGAAGCAGGAGUACGAUGAGGCUGGGCCCAGCGUCGUCCACCGGAAGUGCUUCUAA